AUGGAAUUGGAGAUACGACAAACUCUAAGUGGAAAUCGUCAUACUGGUCGUAUUUCUCCACGUGCAUUUUUGACAUCAAUGUCACCUGUUAUGUCUAGAGAUGCAGAGGUAUUCAUGAAAGCAGCAGCUGCUGUUUGUCAGUUGGAAUCAUCAGGAGGAAGGACCUUUGUUGUGUUAUCAAAAGAAAAAGAGAAAGAUAAGGAAAAGUCAAAAGUAUCUGGUGUUGAACUGGGGGUAUCUUCUACUGAAUGUGUUCGAAUCCCUGAAAAUAAAACCCAUGAUGGCCCAGCUAAGUGUUCUAAAGGCCACAAAAGAAUUCCUGCAAGUCUUACUAUGGUAAUUGAUCAUCUUCUUGAAAUUGUAAUGAAAUUUCCUUCACCAAGUGGUGAGGACAAUUGCACAAAUUAUCCAAGUGCAAUGGAGGUUGAUGAACCUGCUACCAAGGUAAAGGGUAAAUCGAAGGUUGAUGAGGCAAAGAAGAUUGAAUCAGACAGUCAAUCAGAAAGAUCAGUGGGGCUAGCUAAGGUGACUUUUGUCCUCAAGUUAUUGAGUGAUAUUCUUUUGAUGUAUGUGCAUGCAGUUGGGGUUAUACUGAGACGGGAUUUGGAAAUGGGUCCACCCCGGGGAUCUAAUCAACCAGAUAGUCUAGGACAUGGUGGGAUAGUGCAUCAUGUUCUACAUCGACUUCUUUCUCUGUCUAUAGAUAAAACUGUUGGACCCGAUGAAUGGAGAGACAAGUUAUCUGAAAAAGCUUCGUGGUUUCUUGUGGUUUUGUGUGGCCGUUCUGGUGAAGGGCGUAGACGUGUGAUUAAUGAACUUGUGAAAGCCUUGUCUUCAUUUUCAGACUCAGAGGGCAAUUCGUCUAAGAGCAGUUUGUUGCCUGAUAAAAAGGUGAUCGCUUUUGUCGACUUGGCAUAUUCUAUUCUAUCAAAAAAUUCAGCAUCCAGCAACUUACCUGGUUCUGGAUGUUCGCCUGACAUAGCAAAAAGCAUGAUAGAUGGAGGAAUGGUUCAGUGUCUAUCUGGUAUUCUUCAGGUGAUUGAUUUGGACCAUCCUGAUGCUCCCAAAAUUGUGAAUCUCAUACUUAAGGGUUUGGAAAACCUAACACGGGCUGCCAAUGCCAGCGAGCAACUUGUCAAAUCAGAUGCACUGAACAGGAAAAAGUUAAUUGGUGCAAGUGUGAGGUCUGAUGAUCAGACAACUAGAACUUCAGUUACUCUGACGGAUGAACCUAAUCAGAAUGGAAGCAGUCAACGGGAAGUCACUGAUGCAGCAGAUGCUGAGCAGCAGCCACAAGGAACAUCACAGAUUGAAGGUGAUAACCAUGCAAAUCCUAACCAAUCCAUGGAUCAGGAAAUGAGACUUGAGGCAGAGGAAAAUAUGACCACAAAUCCACCUAUGGAGGUUGGGAUAGACUUCAUGCGUGAGGAGAUGGAAGAAGGUAGCGAAUUGCACAACACAGACCAAAUUGAGAUGACUUUUCAUGUUGAGAAUAGAGUAGAUGAUGACAUGGCUGAUGAAGAUGAUGACAUGGGGGAUGAUGGCGAGGAUGAGGAUGAGGAUGAUGAUGAUGAGGGGGACGAGGAUGAGGAUAUAGCCGAAGAUGGUGCUGGUCUGAUGUCUCUAGCUGAUACUGAUGUGGAAGACCAUGAUGACACUGGCUUAGGAGAUGAAUAUAAUGAUGACAUGGUCGAUGAAGAGGAUGAUGAUUUCCAUGAAAAUCGUGUCAUUGAGGUAAGGUGGAGGGAGGCCCUUGAUGGGAUAGAUCAUUUGCAGGUACUGGGGCAACCUGGUGCUGCUGGUGGACUCAUUAACGUUGCUGCCGAACCAUUUGAAGGGGUGAAUGUUGACGACCUUUUUGGUCUCCGUAGGCCUGUAGGCUUUGAACGCCGCAGGCAAACAAGUAGAACUUCCUUUGAGCGUUCUGCUACUGAAGGUAAUGGUCUUCAGCAUCCUCUCCUCUUGAGACCAUCUCAGUCUGGGAAUCCCAUUUCAAUGUGGUCAUCGGCUGGGAAUUCUUCCAGGGAUUUAGACGCCCUUUCUGCCGGAAACUUUGACAUAGCACAUUUCUACAUGUUUGAUGCUCCUGUUCUUCCUUAUGAUCAUGCACCAGGUAGUCUUUUUGGUGACCGAUUGGGUGGUGCACCACCACCACCAUUGGCUGAUUUUUCUGUUGGUUUGGAGUCAAUGCGUGUACAAGGACGACGAGGGCCAGGUGAUGGCCGGUGGACUGAUGAUGGUCAGCCACAAGCAGGCGGCCAAGCUGCUGCUAUUGCACUGGCGGUUGAAGAUCAGUUCAUAUCUCAAUUGCGCGGUGAUGCUCCUGUGAACGUUCCGGCUGAAAGUCGGUUGCAGAAUGCAGGACUGCCAGAGAAACAACAAUCAGAUGCCUCCUUAGCGAGUGAUAGUCAAUUGGCAUUAAUAGAGGGUGAUAAUGCUGGUGCCCAACAGAAUGAUGGUCAGCAUCAUGAGAAUGGUCAUGAAAGAUUACACCAUAUAAAUCCAAUGGUUGAAAGUGCUUCUUCUCCGGAACAAAUCAACCCAGAGGUCGUUGUCGAAGAAGAAGGUGAGUGCCAACAGGUACUUGAACCUAUGGCAAAUCUUACACCUCUUGUGGAUGAUACACACAAUGUUCAUGAUAGGAUGGAAAUUGGGGGGGUCAAUGGCAGUACCAGUGGGCAGAUAGAGGCAAUCCCAGGUUUUGUUUUGUCUUCUACCUACUCUCACGGUGAUCAGCAGGUUGAAAGGGAUUCCGAGGUUCUUGCUAUAGAUAGUCAGUCCAGUAACCAUCAAUUGGUCACCUCUGAUGUAGAGCUGCCUAAUCCAAUCGAUUGUCAGGCUUCUUCUGUUCUUGGAAGUGCUGAUGUUGAUAUGAACCGUGCUGAUGUUAAUACAAACAGAGUGGACCCAGAAGGAAAUCAGCCUGACCAAAGCAUACCUUCUGAGGUCAAUUCAGAGGUGGCUUCAUUAAGGCAGAACACAAUGGUUGCUCAAGAUGCUAGUCAGACUGAUGAAACUGGUUUAAAUAACGAACCCCCCAGUACAAAUGGUAUAGAUCCAACCUUCCUGGAGGCACUUCCUGAAGAUCUUCGGGCUGAAGUUCUUGCUUCGCAGCAAGCUCAGUCUGCGCAAGGUCCAACUUAUGCACCACCUAUAGCUGAGGAUAUUGAUCCAGAGUUUUUAGCAGCCCUUCCUCCAGACAUUCAGGCAGAAGUUUUGGCCCAGCAACGAGCUCAGAGGAUGGCUCACCAGGCUGAAGGACAACCUGUUGAUAUGGAUAAUGCAUCAAUUAUAGCUACAUUUCCUGCUGAUUUGCGAGAAGAGGUGCUUUUGACUUCUUCAGAGGCAGUUCUAUCAGCAUUGCCCUCUCCAUUACUUGCUGAAGCGCAAAUGUUGAGGGAUAGAGAAAUGAGUCAUUAUCAGGCUCGCAGCUUGUUUGGAAGUAGCCACAGGCUUGGUACUCGGAGAAAUGGAUUGGGGUUUGACAGACAGGCAGUGAUGGAUAGAGGUGUUGGCAUUACGAUUGGCCGAAGGGGAUCUUCUGCUCUUGCAGAGAGCUUGAAGUCGAAGGAAGUCGAAGGGGAGCCACUCUUGGAUGCAAAUGCUUUGAAAGCAUUGAUCCGCCUAUUACGAUUAGCGCAGCCUCUUGGGAAAGGCCUUUUGCAGAGACUUCUGUUAAACUUAUGUGCACAUAGCCGUACAAGGGCAAUUCUAGUUCGCCUUCUGCUUGACAUGAUUGGGCCAGAGACUGAAGGCCCAGUUGGCAGAUUGUUGACAGUUAACUCCCAGAGGCUAUAUGGUUGUCAAUCCAAUGUUGUAUAUGGUCAAUCUCAGUUGUUGGACGGUCUGCCUCCCCUGGUGCUGCGUCGUAUUCUUGAGAUUUUGACUUAUCUGGCCGCCAAUCAUUCUGCGGUUGCCAAUAUCUUGUUUUACUUUGAUCCGUCACUUAUUCCAGAGUCAUCAAAUCAAAAAUAUUUGGAAACCAAGAAGGGUAAAGGCAAGGAGAAAAUUGUGGAACUAGGAUAUUCGUCAGACUCUUUAGGAGGUUCUCGGAAGGGGGAUGUUCCUGUGAUACUGUUUCUCAAACUCUUGAGUCAACCGCUUUUCUUGCGCAGCAUUGCUCAUCUUGAACAGGUCAUGGGUCUGCUCCAAGUAGUUGUCUAUACUGCAGCAUCAAAAUUAGAUUGUCAAUCUAAUUCAGAACAAGCUGUAGUCAGUUCUCAAAAUCUAUCUGGCAAUGAAACUGUGAGUGAUGUACCAAAAGAUCCUCCUUUGUCAGAAAUGGAAGCUAUUCAAGGUGAUUUAGGUGCCAGUGGUGAGUUACAUACAUCAGAGGGACAGAGAAGCACCAAUAUGUAUGAUAUCUUCUUACAGAUGCCACAAUCUGAUUUGCACUAUCUGUGCAGCCUUCUUGGCCAUGAAGGGCUCUCAGACAAACUUUACACGCUUGCUGGGGAGGUGCUGAAAAAGUUGGCCUUGGUUGCUGCUUCCCAUCGAAAAUUCUUUAUUAUGGAGCUUUCAGAUUUAGCUCAUAGUUUGAGCAACUCGGCCGUCAGUGAGCUUAUCACACUAAGGAAUACACACAUGCUGGGUUUGAGUGCCGGAUCAAUGGCUGGGGCUGCAAUCCUUCGUGUUCUGCAGACUCUCAGCUCACUCUCUUCACCUAGUGUGGAUCGGAAUAAGGUUAAGGAGAGUGGUGAGGAACUGGAUGAGCAUGCAACCUUGUGGAAGUUGUAUGUUGCACUUGAGCCAUUGUGGCAAGAAUUGAGUGACUGUAUAAGUACAACCGAGACAGAGCUGGCACAGAGCUCUUUUUCACCAAUUAUGUCAAAUAUGAACGUUGGGGAGCAAGUACAGGUUUCUCCAUCUCUAUCAUCUCCUCCUCUUCCUCCUGGAACCCAGAGACUCUUGCCUUUUAUUGAGGCUUACUUUGUUUUGUGUGAAAAACUACAAGCAAACAAUUCCAUCAUGCAGCAAGAUCAUGCCUCCUACUCAACUGCAAGAGAAGUCAAGGAGUUCGCAGGGAGUUCAUCUCCGUUGUCUAUGAAAUGUGGAGUGGAUUCUCAGAGGAGGCUUGAUGGUGCUGUCACAUUUGCAAGGUUUGCUGAGAAGCAUCGCCGGCUGCUGAAUGCUUUUGUCAGGCAGAAUCCUGGCUUGUUGGAGAAAUCACUUUGUAUGAUGCUGAAAGCCCCCCGGCUGAUUGAUUUUGACAACAAAAGGGCUUAUUUUCGCUCAAGAAUUAGGCAGCAGCAUGAACAACACUUAUCUGGACCACUGCGGAUUAGCGUUCGACGGGCAUAUGUUUUAGAGGACUCGUAUAACCAGUUGCGAAUGCGACCAAAUCAAGACCUGAAGGGACGCUUGAAUGUGCAUUUUCAGGGUGAAGAGGGUAUUGAUGCUGGUGGUUUGACGAGAGAGUGGUAUCAAUUACUGUCAAGAGUUAUAUUUGAUAAAGGAGCUUUGCUUUUCACAACUGUGGGAAACAAUGCAACCUUCCAACCGAACCCUAAUUCUGUCUAUCAGACUGAACAUCUUUCAUACUUCAAAUUUGUUGGCCGCGUGGUUGCUAAGGCACUGUUUGAUGGGCAACUGUUGGAUGUUUAUUUCACUCGGUCCUUUUACAAGCACAUUCUUGGAGUAAAAGUGACUUAUCAUGAUAUUGAAGCUGUUGAUCCUGAUUACUACAAAAACUUGAAGUGGAUGCUGGAGAAUGAUGUGAGUGAUAUCCCCGAUCUGACAUUUAGCAUGGAUGCGGAUGAAGAAAAACUCAUUCUCUAUGAGAAAACGGAGGUUACUGAUUAUGAGCUCAAACCCGGAGGAAGAAAUAUAAGGGUCAACGAAGAAACAAAGCAUGAAUAUGUGGACCUUGUGGCUGAUCAUAUUUUGACAAAUGCUAUUCGUCCUCAAAUUAAUUCCUUCCUAGAAGGUUUCAAUGAAUUGGUGCCGCGUGAACUUAUUUCCAUAUUUAAUGAUAAAGAGCUUGAGCUACUAAUCAGUGGGCUUCCAGAAAUUGAUUUCGAUGAUCUAAAGGCCAACUCUGAGUAUACUGGCUACACAGCAGCAUCAAUUGUUGUUCAGUGGUUUUGGGAGGUUGUCAAAGCCUUUAACAAGGAAGACAUGGCAAGAUUCUUACAAUUUGUAACUGGUACAUCAAAGGUUCCUUUGGAGGGUUUUAAAGCAUUGCAAGGCAUUUCUGGUCCCCAAAGGUUUCAGAUUCACAAGGCAUAUGGAGCUCCUGAGCGCCUGCCAUCGGCUCAUACCUGCUUUAACCAACUAGACCUUCCCGAGUAUACUUCCAAGGAUCAGCUUCAAGAGCGCUUGCUACUCGCCAUCCAUGAAGCUAGUGAAGGAUUUGGCUUUGGUUGAGAUAAACUUCUCUAUGAUGCAUGUGACCCCAGCAUUGCAGGCAUUCAAUCCUGUGAUGAAUGCCAUAUAAACCGAGGCUGAUCCAAGGCAUUUGUUACCAUAAGUAGAGUGGCCAUUGUCUGAAGAUGAUGAUUUGUACCGGACUUUUAACAUGCAUGGAUCUCCUACAACCCAAUCUCGUAAGCAGCUGAUAGGAUUUAUGCUUUCAUCUUUGAUUAAUGGUGGGCUUCGCAAUCUCGGUGGCAAGAAACGGUGUUCUUUUUUUGUUUCUUGCAAUGUCUACAGAUUCAGUGGAAAUUAGAUUAUCUGUAAAGAAAAUCUGUCACCUUCUGUAUAUCAUAGUUUUGCUCCUUUAAUAUUCAUUGUCGACUACUGUUGGCCAAUUGGCCUUUGAUAGGUAAUCUAAUGCUCAAAACUUCAUAUUAAUGUUGAUAAUCAUGCUUUUUCCUCUACUGCUG